UAUAUGCGACAAGCAAAGCGCAUGGACCACUUUUGGUUGCUGCGUUUCCAUGGUGAUUUGCAGGACGAACUAGAAGUCUGUCGGGACAACAUACGUGGUUCCGAUAUGAUCAUUAUAUUAGUCAACAUGCCAACAGGCAAGUGACCGGACACACAAGUGUGAAGUUAGGGAUUUUUAUUCGUCUUACAUAAAUACAAUAAUCUUAAUCAGUACGCUUUUUGGUCGUAUACUCGGGACCGUAAAAUACUUGAAAAUGCUUAUCAACUAAAAGUCAUUGAACAUUUUUAUUUCAUUUAUUUUUAAAGGAUGCAUAAAGCAAUCGAUCAAUCAUUUCCGUUUACUUUUUCCAAAUAAUUCUAAUACAAAUAAUUGCGGCGAGUGAUCUCAGGAAUGGAGCAAAUUUGUUGAAUUUUUGAUGGUAUGGUUGCAACUAGAUACCAUUUAUGUUUUUUGAAAAUUUUUUUUCGUAAAAAAUCUAUUGAGUGAAGUAAAAAAAAUUGUAGUUAAACUUUAAAAAAAAUUAAGGGGAAAAUUAAAGGUGUCGGAUGAAUAAAGAACUACAUAUCCACAACAAUCGUAAUGUAUACAUUCCCAAUCCGGUAAUUGUAUAAUACACUUCUAGAAUAAAAUAGACUAUUUAAGCUAAUUAAAAUUAUUGAAGCUCAACCUAAAAAAAAGACAAAAAAUUCAAAUUAAAUUUAUCUUUAAAUCGUAUGUAGAUUUCAUUCACAUAACAUUUAUUGAUAUCAGUGACGCCAUCUGACAAGAGACUGUAGCCUCUCAUUUGUAAAGUAUUUUUAUUUAAAAAAUAUAUGUUAGUAAAGGAAUAUGUCAUCCGCUUACAAAAAAAAUUUAUUAAACGCUUAGCAUUAUAUUAUAGCAAUGUAAAGUUGACAAAAUAGUAAUUUUUGGAAGGAUCUCUCCUAUUCACAAUGAUAGAGUAAAAUUUUUUUCUAUUUUUGUGGGUCGAGUGUUUAUCUAGAUACGAAUCAGUUCGAUGAGUGCUAAAAAAAAAAAAAAGAGUAGUAACACACAUCAUAGUACAAUUAAUCUCUUCAUUUCCACAUCGAAGCUAAAAAGUAAACUAAAUUUAUAAAAUUUAUUAUUCCCAAAUCAACAAUUACAUUUUUACUAUAACAAGUAAAUAUUUUUUGGAUACCUUCAAAAAGUUUGUUCGUAAAUUACCAAACAUCCAACAAUAGAUAACCUAAUUUUUAUAAUGAAUUUAUGCCGUAUAGUAUAGGGCCUAUACAUUUUUCUAAUUAUUGAAAGAUAAUCUUAAGAGUGAAUAGCAAAAAAUAUUACACAAUUCUUGAGGAGUGGGUAACGAUUUUAAAAUUGUUCUAUAAAAAAAUUUGUUUUUUUCUUUGGCAUCAAGUGCCUUACAUAUUUUUUAAUGCUUUAACUUGUUAUCAGACUUAUUAUUUUAUCAUUUUAUUGUUAUCAAUUUAAUAACGAGCUAAGAUCUUUAUCUUACUCUGUGAAUAUAAUACCACAGAUCUUGUAAACAUGGAUAGGACAUUCAUAUUUGAGGACCUUGUGUUUUCGCGGUUCUGAACUGAUAAGAAAUUGAGGCCGUUUGUUUACAUUUCAAAUAUGAUAAGAGCAUAAAAUACUGUUUUAGCUUCGAUGCUAAGUUGGAAGUAUUAAUUUUACUAUGAUGUGUUUUUUUUCUGUGUCUGUUACUACUCUUUCUCAGCUCUCACUGAACUGAUUUCUUUCAACGAUACGUCAAAAGAUCACAAAUCGUAUCUAGUUGAAGACAUUACCCUCAAUAAAUGAAAAAAUUUUCCUUGUUCCCCAUUAAUGGGGGCAAUCUCCAAAAAAAUUACAAAUUUAAAAAUCGCUAAUUUUCGACAUUUUUUCAAUUUUUUUUACUUAAAACCGCCAUAACUUUUUUAUAAAUGACCAUAUCAAUAUAAUUUUUUUUUAUAUAGAUACGAGAGAUACUUACCUAUUAUUUUGUAUAUUUUUUUCAUAAAUCUGAUCCUUUACCUGCCUACAGGGGGGGAUUCAAAAUGGCAACUUUUUCACAAAAAAUUUACUUUUUCAACUUAACUUUUGAAAGUGUACCGGAAAUACUGACACUUUUAUACAUAUUUUAAAUUAAAGCUUAUGUAAUAUACUUUAUUAUACAAAAAGAAUUUUGUACUUUAUUUUACCUUCAAAAUGAAAAUUACUACCAAAUGCUAUUUUUGUGUGAAAAUUCUCGAUUUUAUUUUUUACACUUUUAACUUUAUAAUGCUAUAACUUAUUGAAAAGUGUAUGGAUCAAUACAAUGUUUUUAUGAGAAAUAAUAUUUAUAUCCCUUUUUCAUUCGACAUACUUUAUCUUAAUCAGAAUAUUAAUAAGGAAAUAGCAGAUCAUGUAGUUUGACAGAAAUUAAGAAUCUCUCAAAACCAAGUCCUGAUGUUGAGAUAAUCUGUAAUGUAACUGAAAAAAUAUUUAAACAGUACACUAAUCACAUCCAUUCAAAAAAUCCAUACAAUUUUUUUUUAAUUUAAGUUAAAACUGAACUAUAUAGAAGUUAUAACAUAUUUUCUAAAGUAACUUGUAGAGAUGAUGCUUGGUUUGAAGAUGACCACAAAAACAAUAUGAUAACUUUAAUAGUGUUGAAGUAUUUAGAUGUUAGAAUGUAUCACGAAGUUAGAAUAAGAAAUGAAGAACGCAUUAAAACAAGAGCAAAACUAACAAAAACUAUUCAUUUUAAUCACGAUUAAUUUAUGUUCAUUACUGUUUUACUAUAUAUUCUAUAAGUUUUGGAAAGAAUAAUUGUUGUAAGUUUUACAUUAUUAUACAUUACAUAACUUAUAAUAAUUAAUAAUUACUAACCAUUAAAAAAUAAAAAGUACAUGUUAUCAUGUAAUAAUGUAAACAAAUAGCCUCAAUUUACUAUCACCACAGUCUUCACUGAUAAAGCAUCAAUGUCCUAUCCAUGUUUAUAAGAUCUAUGUGUAAUACAUACUUUUUAUUUUAAGUAAUUAUAAAUUCAAUUAUACAAUACCGGCAAUGUAGUUGUUUUGAUAUACAUUAUCAAUAGAUAAUAAACUUAAAACUUAAGUAAAUAUUGGGUUAACUGAAGAAAUCUAGAUCAGUUUUCAUCAAUUGUUAUGAGUCUUAUAAAAAUGUAUUAUUCUAUGUAAUGUAUUUCAAUUUUUGUAAGGUUUAAUUAAAAAGAAAAAACAUUAAUUUGGUACAAAGUAGUUUUGUAAAAAUUAUGUUUGACUUUAUUAAAAAGUCAUUUAUAAGUACUGAUGGAAAUUAUGUCAGCCCAUUUUUUUGUAACCAGAUUAAACAAUUUGGAUAUUGUGAACAAUCUAAUCUGUGUCAGGAACGUCAUGAAAUAUGUGAAAUUUAUGACAAAAAUGUAAUUAAUAUACCAAAAAAAUGUUUCGUCUCAAUAAAACUAUUAAAAAUUAACACAGCAUCUAACUUUUAUGGUAGAAUUUAUAAGUAUAGCACUGCUAAAGAUCCUACACAAGAAAGUCAUUGGAUUAAUUUAAAUAAUUCCUUUGAUACUAUAAAAAAUGAACUUGGAAAUUUUGUAAAGUCCUCUAAGCCAAAAAUUUUGUAUAAAUACCCUAAAGUUGGUGAUUUAAUUAUGGUAGAAACUGUUGAUGUAGAAUUAUUCAGAGCAGUUGUAAUUGAAAUAAAUGGGUGGAUAAUUCAAAAAUUAAAGGUAAAACUAAUUGAUAUAGGUUCUUUUGUAGAAGUUCAUUCAUCAAAAAUAUAUGAAUUACCAGAGAGCUUAAAAAAUUAUAGUCCAGCUGCUAUAGAAAUAUGUAUAUCUUCAAUGAAACCUAUUGGAUCUGUUCUAAAUUGGCCCAUAUCAACUACUAAUAUUACUCGAAGCAUUUUAGAACCAGCUAUAGUUGCAGAUGUUGAAUUUAUUGGAAAAGUUGAAUUUUUGAUGGGAUCUACAUUGUGGGUGAGUUGGCUUUUUAUUGAACAAUGUGCUAUAUGUUCUCAUUUCAUUUGUAAAUUGUACAAGAAUCCUAUGUUAUUGCCUAAAGAACUGAUUGAUCGUAAACUUGCCGAAGAAAGCUCACAAAUUCUUAAUAAUUUAAUUGACCUUUAUAAAUCUACGAAUAUGUGGAUAGAAAAUACAGAAGUGGAGUUUGAUAAUAAAUCUUUAAUAGAUUGUAUGAAAUAUAAUAUUUCAUUAUUUUCAGCUGACGAUCAAAUCAAUGAUAUAGUGGAAGAAAUAAAACCACAGUGGGCUCAUUUAUCUAUUGAUAUAUAUCAUCAAGUAACAGUAGAUUAUAUUGAAAAUCCAAGAUGCUUUUUAAUACGUAAUAUUAAAUUUUUGGAUAGAAUAAACAUCCUACAAAAAGAUAUUAAUGAACUCUUCACUAAAAACAAUUUGAGAAAGUUGGAUGGUAUAAAAUUAGGGAAAGUUUGUUUAGCCAAAGCACCUGAUAAUGAAAACUAUAAUCGUGCUCUUAUUAAAGAGAUUUUUGAAGAUGAAACUGUAACUGUAUUUUAUGUUGAUUAUGGAGAAUUUUAUAAAGUUCAUAUUACAUCUUUAAUGGAAAUACCUUCUAAUAUAAAAUCUCAGUUACCUUUUCAAGUAAUUGAAUGUGGUUUAAGUGGUUUUAAUAAAAUCUUUGAAAAUAAUCUAACGGACCAAAAUAUUAUUGAGUAUUUAAUGCAACUCACAGAUAAUGAAGUAUAUUUAAAAGUACUUCAAUCAUCAUCAAAUUCAAUAUUAACAAAUGGACAUUUCUAUAAUGUUGUAUUAUUUAAUGAUAAAAUUAAUAUUAACCAUGAAAUGGCUUUAAAAUUUUCUGAUUGUGUUGACAAUAACCAAAUACAAAAUAUUUUAGAUGCAAAAUACCAAUAUGUUGAACAUAUUAGUGAUGAUGAGAGUAUUGAUGAUGAUGAUGAUAUUUUACAAGCACAAUAUAAAUUAAUGAAAAGUUUAUUAAAAACAACUAGUGAAGAAAUAAAAGAAAAACCUGUAAACUUAAGCACCGAAGACAAUGUUCUAAAAACUGUUCCAAAAUCAAAUUUAAAUCAUGCUAUAGAAAAUAAUAUUCAAAAUCUAAGUAAAAAAAAAAAAAAAUUGUACUGUUUAGACUGUAAUCGAUUUCCAGUUGUUCCGCGUUGUUUUUGGCAUCAAGAUGAAUCAUGGCUCUAUAUUAAACUUAAUAUUCUUUCAGUAAUCAACUACCAUAUUAAUCAUACAAUUAACUCAAUAUCAAUUUCUGUGGAAACAAAUACUGUUUCAUAUAACUUUACAGCUGUGUUGUAUGCCUUUAUAGUUGAAGAGUCAUUUAACUGUCAUGUAGUUUUUGAUGGAAUUCACAUAAAAUCCAAAAAAUUAUUUCAAACGAAAUACAAAUGGCCACGUUUAAUGAAGUGCUCAAAAAAGCAUAAGUAUAUAACUUAUAAUCCUGAGUAUGUUCUGGAGAAAUCUGAUAAAAAUGUUUGGGCAAAGCUUAUUGGCAAGUACAAGAUGAAAGCUAUAGGAAAACCUUUAAAUGUCGAUUAUUAUGAUGACAGUGAAAAUUCUUCAGAUAGUGAAGAAUAUAGUGUUUUUGAAGACUAGUCAUUAAAUAACAAUAUUUGUAUCUCACAUAAUCAUUUUUUUUUUUUUUUAUACUUUUUAUUAUAUUGAUACUAUAUUUUAUUAAAUUAAUUUAUAUAAACAUAGAAUGUUGAAAUUAUUGCAAAUAAAUGAACAAUAAAUUUUAUACUUAUUAAAAUUAUGAAAAAAG